ACAUUAUAUAUACAAGUCUCCCCCAAUACAUUACUGCAACCUGAUUUAAUUAGGACCCUCAAAACCACUUGCUAUAAUACUGUGUCUCCAAAGAAAGGUGCAUGAAAAGCCAAAAAUGAAGACUACUGCUUUUCUAGUCUCCCUUCUUCUCCUUCUUCUUUCUCUUCUUUCUCCUAAUUUGUUAAAUAGCUUUUCUUCAUUAUUGGUGUUAAUUCUAGUGCUUAUUGGUCUUGGGGGAUUUUAUAUCUUUAAUACUCUGUGGCUAAAGUCAGCUCAGAGACUUCGAUUUAAGCUUCAGAAGCAAGGCAUCUACGGGCCUAAACCAUCUUUUUUAUAUGGAAAUGUCGCUGAAAUGCAAAAGAUUCAAGCUGCAUCAAUCAAGUCUCACAGCAACUAUGGUGAAUUUGUAGCUCAUGAUUAUACUUCCUCACUCUUUCCGUACUUUGAACAAUGGCGAAAACUCUACGGUCCUGUAUAUACAUAUUCAACAGGAAACAAGCAACAUUUGUAUGUGAACCAGCCGGAGCUAGUAAAGGAAAUGAACCAAAGUAUUAGCCUGGAUUUAGGGAAACCUUCUUAUGUCACCAAGAGACUUGCCCCUAUGCUUGGAAAUGGUAUUUUGAGGUCUAAUGGUCACAUUUGGGCCAUGCAGAGGAAAAUUGUAGCCCCCGAAUUCUUCAUGGACAAGGUCAAGGUCAUGGUGAGCCUAAUGUUGCAGUCAGCAGAGCUAUUGACAAGAAAAUGGGAUGAAAGGAUUGAAGCUGAAGGGGGCAAAAUGGCAGAGAUCAGUGUUGGAGAGGAUCUGAGAAGCCUCUCAGCAGAUGUGAUAUCAAGGGCUUGCUUUGGGAGCUCAUAUUUUAAAGGCAAAAAGAUUUUCUCAAAGCUUCGAACCCUUCAAAAAGUCAUAUCAAACCAAAGUAUACUUUUUGGCUCUCCUGCAUUAGGGUUUCUUCCAAGUAGGCAACAAAGGGAGAUUGAGAACUUAGAGAAGGAGAUAGAGUCGCUGAUAUGGGAAGCAGUGAAAGAACGAGAAAGGGAAUGCUUAGAGACACCCUCAAAUGAGAAGGACUUGUUGCAUUCAAUACUUGAGGGUGCUAUCAAUGAUGACAAUGUAGGCGAGCAUUCGUCCAGGAAAUUCAUCGUUGACAAUUGCAAGAACAUAUACUUUGCAGGACAUGAGUCCACUGCUGUUGCUGCAUCUUGGUGCCUCAUGCUUCUGGCUCUACAUCCAGAAUGGCAAUCUCGUAUCAGCCAGGAAAUGACUCAGAUUUGCCCCGAUGGUGUCCUAGAUUCAGAGUCAGUCUCCAAGAUGAAAAUGGUGACAAUGGUCAUUCAAGAAGCAAUGCGCUUGUAUCCACCAGCCGCAUUUGUGUCAAGGGAGGCACUGGAAGAUACACAGAUUGGUCACAUUGUUGUGCCAAAAGGCGUAUGCUUGUGGACCUUGAUCCCAACACUGCAUCGCGACCCUGAAAUCUGGGGUCGAGAUGCCAACGAAUUCAAGCCAGAGAGGUUUGAAAACGGAGUUUUGGGUGCUUGCAAAUUGCCACAAGUUUAUAUCCCAUUUGGACUAGGUCCUCGGCUCUGCCUUGGCCGGAAUUUCGCAAUGGUGCAGCUAAAGGUUGUGAUUUCACUCAUCAUUUCCAAGUUUCGUUUCUCUCUAUCUCCCAAAUACAGACACUCGCCGGCUUAUAGGAUGAUUGUCGAACCAGGCCAAGGAGUACACAUUCUUGUUGAGAGAUUGAAGCAAUGUUAACAAACUGGAUACAUAUAAUAUGCUUCAAGCAGACUCUUCCUCUUACUUUAAUUUUGUUCUUUUCAGCUUGUGUUGAAAGUGUAAAUGCCGAUACAUAAAUAAAUACUACAUAGUUGUGUUUUAAUUA